AUGUCUCGACCGAAGAACAUCUUGUUUGCCUUUGUAUCUAGCACGGGCCUUCUUCUCGAAUCGAAUAGGGGUGGCAACAGAGUCCCAGGAAUCCAGAAGGUCGACGAUGUUAAUGUGGACAUGAGCUAUAGGAGACACCAAGAGCUCGUCGAUGCUUAUUGGGAUGUCACAGAGGAGCAAAUGUGGGAGCAACUGGAAGAGGGACUGGUGGAAGCGGAAUAG